AUGUCUGACCACGCUGAAUCUUUUGGUAAGGCCUUUGGAGCCUUUGCAGCUUAUGGGAAAAGCAGCAAGGCCGGCUCUGGCUCGGGCUCUGGCUCCGGCUCUGGUGGCCGUGGUGGUGGUGGUGGUGGCCGCGGUGGCCACGAAGGUAGCGGGGGUAUUCGCAAGAAGAUCUCUCGCUGCUACGAUUGCGGCUCGGCUGAGCAUCUGAACAGGGACUGCCCUCAUAAGAACACGCCCCGACGAGCUCUCAGACAGGCGCGACGUGAGGCCGCUGCCGAGAGUCUCGCCUCCUCGUCUGCUGAGACGCCCGCUCUCUCAACUGCUCCUCCUUCUGCCGCUCCUGUUUCUGUUCCUGCUCAUGUGCCCUCUCCUGCACUCUCUCCUGCUCCCGCUCCCAGGUUUUCGUUUGGUGUCGCUCGUACUCCUGCGCCCGCUCCUAGGUUCUCCUUUGGUACCGCUCCUGCUCCUGCCCCCGCUCCUAGGUUCUCCUUUGGUACCGCUCCUGCUCCUGCCCCCGGGCCCGGGUUCUCCUUUGGUGUCGCUCCGGUUCCUGCUCCCACUCUGGUUCCCACCUCUGAUCCGAUUCCCGCUCCUGCUCCUCCCACUCCUUCCCCUGCCCCUCCUCUCGCCCCUGCUUCUUCUUCCGCUUCCACCCCCGCUCCCGCUACCUCUACCGCUUCUACUGGCGGUCUCUUGCCGUCUGCCGCUCUUGCCAGCAGCAGCGGCCCUGUGAUCUCUGCCGAAGAGCAUCGCCUGAGCGUUGAGGAAGCUGAGAUUCAAGCGAUGGGGGACCGCCUCCAUGAGGCUGAGCGCCGAGUUCUACAACGGCGCCAGGAGGAGGAGCUUCAGAGGUUUCAACAGCAGCAGGAGCAACAACUUCAGCAGUUUCGGCAACAGCAGGAGGAGGAGCUUCAGAGGCUUCAGCAGCAGCAUCAACAGCAGCAGCUCCAGCUCCAGUUCCAGCAGCAGCCCCAGCCCCAGCAGCAACAGGCACGAGCUCGUCACGGUUCAGGGCCGAUCUCUAUCGAUGACGUCUUGGGUCCUGCUGAGGAUCUACCUAUCAGUCAGACUCGGCCAUGGGAACCUCCUAGUCGCCGACAUUUAAUUAUGCACUUAGUCAGAGCGACUAACCUCACCCCGGCCUUUGCAGAGCAGCUGCUCUGGCGAUACGAUUGGAAUUACCCGCGCUGUCAGGACAUCGUGAGGAACCAAGGGUCAGCAUGGCCCUCUGAGGUGUUCAAGGAAGGUGGCAUGAGACGGGAUUAG